CCUUGAUCACAAAGCCGAGUGACGACCAAUGAACUGUUUCUUCGCGACGGACGAAUCGAUUUCAAACGCGUAUCCACGUUUCCCGCCAAGCCCGUGUACUAAACGCGAUUCCCUCCUCCUGCUAGGUACUCGGGCUUCCCCGCUCCCCGCCCUAACGAAUAAACGAUGUCCACCACCGCCGCCGCCGACGAACGACCCAGCACCCCCGUCCGCACCGAAGUCACCGACAGCAAACACCUUCUCUCGCCGACCUCCACCACCGCCGCCCUCCCCUCCACGACCAAGAAGCAGCGCACGAUGUCCACGACAACCUCGCCCGUAACCAACCCCACGGGGCUUCCCGCACUACAGGUCAAGCUCCUAACCCCCUCAGGGCGCGCACCCACGCGCGGCUCCGAGUUCGCCGCGGGCUACGACGUCUACGCGGCGCGCGACACCGCCGUUCCCGCCAGAGGAAAGGUCCUGGUCGAUACGGAUAUCGCAAUUGCCGUGCCCGCGGGAUGCUACGGACGUAUUGCCCCCCGGAGCGGGCUCGCGAGUAAGAACUUUAUCGAUACGGGCGCGGGGGUUGUUGAUGCGGAUUACCGUGGUCAAGUCAAGAUCCUGCUCUUUAACCAUGCGGAUACGGACUUUGAGAUUAAGGCUGGCGACCGCGUUGCGCAGUUGAUCCUGGAGAGGAUCUACACGCCGGACGUCGUCGUCGUCGAGGAGCUCGAGGAGAGUGUGCGCGGCGCGGGCGGGUUUGGAAGUACUGGUAACUAACUACGUUAUAAAUACGUAGAUGGUAGCUGGGAGUGAUACGUGGAUGAAUGGUGCCGGGACAGAUAGAGGGAAUACGAAGAACGGAAACGGUUCCUUGACAUCGACGAUAGAUACUUAGUGAUGUGAUGUGAACUGGGCGUUGGGUGAAGGGAUUGCAGAAGUCGUAAGACCAGGGCAGAAUUGCCUUACGUAGACACGUUC